ACUAAAUUUGAGAACAAAAAAAACGCAACUUUCAAAUAACGUAGGUAGGUUAGUAACCUACCUAUGUUUGAAAAUGUUUGUUUUCGUUUGAAUUACGAGUCGAACGCGCCUUCUACGUUUUGUUUGUGUAUUGUGGUUUACAAACUGACCCUGGACUGAAAUCGGACUUUGAUUUGGCUUCAUGAAACCUGCUUUCACGUAGCGGCACAGGAACAGUGGUUAUAAAAAAUGACUGCACACAAUUGUUCUUAUUAUAAUUGUACAAAUUCUUCGGAACAGAAGUCAAUGUUCCGUUUUCCGUGGGAUGACGUCAACCGCCUAAAAGUAUGGCUUGAGAAUUGCGGUAAUAUGAACAUUGCCCACUUGCCUGCAGAAAAUUUGCGGUCAAGGUAUUUAUGCAUUGACCAUUUCAAUAUAAAGUAUGUACGAAAUGAGACUGGUCAUAGAAAAAGACUCCAGAGAAGUGCAGUUCCAGAACCAUAUCAGACUCAAGACGUUCAAAAUCGCUCAAGCACUUCCUCACCAGGUUCAUCAGGUACUUUUAAAGUACUGACACCGAAAAAGGUGUACAAAAAUAAACGGCUUCGCGACUGCGAACUUGAAGAGCUCGUGGAGCCGCCAGCAUUAGCAUACCAGUGCAACACGCCGAAGAGAAGACGGUUGUCAAUUACUGAAGACACGCCAAAAUGCAAAGUGUUAAAAAAGAAAUUAGUAUUGUAUCUAACAAUAACAAAAUGUAAUACCUUUUGAAUUAAAGAAGUAGUUUAAUUGAAUA